AUGAAUGAAGAGCAAGCUGUCUCGAUCGGUCAGAUCGCGAAACUCAUUAAAAGUAACUCCAAGGCGAAAGUCAUAUUCCUAGUCGGAGCGGGAAUCUCAACUCCGUGUGGGAUACCAGACUUUAGAUCUCCAGGCACGGGGCUGUAUGAUAACCUUGCCAAGCUGAAUCUGCCUUAUGCAGAAGCCGUUUUUGACAUUGACUUUUUCCAGGGGAACCCGCAACCAUUUUAUACACUGGCUAAAGAAUUGUAUCCUGGCAAUUACGAACCUUCCAAAUUCCAUCAUCUUAUGCGGGUCUUCCAAGACAAGAAUCGACUGCACAGGGUUUACACGCAAAAUAUAGACACAUUGGAAAGGUGUGCGGGAAUCCUAGGAGACCGACUGGUAGAGGCCCACGGCUCGUUUGCCCGUAAUCAUUGCAUCGAUUGCCGCAAGGAAUACCCACAGGAAUAUUUCAAAGAUUCGAUGGCGGAGGGAAAGGAAUUUGCUAGGUGUGCGGUUUGUAAGGGACUUAUCAAGCCCCAGAUUGUAUUUUUUGGUGAAAAUCUGCCGUCGCGGUUUUUCUCCAUGUGGGACAAUGACGUUAAAACUCUUAACGAGGACAACAUCGUCAUAGUUGUAGGAACUUCUCUAGCUGUCUACCCUUUCGCUUCUCUACCCGCCGAAGUACCGAGAAAAGUCAAUCGCGCUUUGAUCAAUUUACAGAAGGUCGGUGAUUUCAAGACCAAGCCGAGAAAGUCAGAUAUCAUAUUCAAGGGCUCUUCAGAAGUUGCAGCUGAGGAGUUAGCAAAGGAGUUGGGUUGGUCGGAGGAGUUGGUAACUUUGGUGGAUUCCGCGACAAGACGGACUCGCCUAGCGAAGGAACAAGGUACUUCUAUCGCAUCCAAGGACGACCGUAAACAACUCGACAACGUUCUUCACGAAUUGGAGAAGCUCAAUUUAAGGGAGAAUGAGAGAGAUACACUGCUGGGGAAAAAGGAGCAAAAGGAAAAGCACAACGAAAAUCACAAUGGAGUAAGCGAGCAGGAGCAGGAGAAGAAGUAG